CGUAAAUCUCAAAAUGGCCGCACAGACGACAGGAAUACAACAACUUCUUCAAGCCGAAAAACGCGCCGCGGAAAAGGUUGGAGAGGCUCGUAAAAGGAAAGCAAGAAGGUUGAAGCAAGCUAAAGAAGAAGCGCAAUCUGAAAUUGAAGCAUAUAGAGCUGAACGAGAGAAACUUUUUAUUGAACAUCAACAAAAGCACUUAGGUUCCAAAGAUGACAAAGCCAGGGAAGUUGAAGUCCAGACUAAACAGAAGAUAGCAGAAGUAAAUAAAAAUGUAGAGGUCACUAAAGAAGAAGUCUUAUCUAAAUUAUUAGGACUUGUGUAUGAUAUUACUCCUGAAUUGCACCAGAACCUCCGUGAUUAGUGUGCAUCUGUAUUUUCAACGUUGUAGACAUGGUUUCUUUCUUCUCAUUAUUACUUAUAGGACUUCUGAAACACUACUGUAUUCAUGUACUAUUUCCAGUUAUUGUAUUAUAUUAUGUGACUUAGCUUAUGUAUUUCACUGGGUAUGAAAUAAUUUAUAUAAAAUCAUUCAGUUACAACUGAAUGCGGUGCGCUGUAACAGAAUAAUUAAUAUAUUUUUACUUUAAAGCGAAAAAAGGGCUUUUCUAUUGCUGCAUUGGUUGGAAACCUAUGUUUUUUAAUAUGCAAUUUAGUGUCCCAGUGAAGUAUGCCAUGUAUGGUAGAAUGGGUAAAAUUGUCAAUGCUUAUUCAAAGGACAUGUUAUUUCUCUUUUAAGAGGAUGCUUCAAUCAAUCUCAAUCAAUCAGGAUAAAUAUGUUACUUCUUUAAUGCAUUAAUUUUAAAAGAAUACAUCUAAUAAAGGUUAUGCAUUGAAAAUAUAUUUUGUUAUUGAGGUAAUAAUCUUUGGAAAAAAAUUCCAUUCUCCUUGGGACCAAAAAAAAAAAGCAAAACCUUUUUUUUGUUGAGGACAUCAUCAUUCAGAAGUUUGAAUUCCCAUGUCUUUACGGAUGCUGAUGUUUUAAAGAUAGAAUAAUAAAAUAAGAAUAAUAUAUACUUUUUUCAGAUACACAAAUGUUCAUGUUGAACAAAACCACAAAGUUAUUUGAAGCAGACAUGUAUUUUGGGAUUUUUACAUGCAAGACAGUAAAUGAAAGUGACAUGAAAAUUCAUCUCCGCACCAGUGCGCUCAUAUUAUUUAAUCACAAAAAAUUGAAAGAACUAAUAAUAAAACUGUUUAUAUUAUCUGGUGAAGUUCCUUAGCUAUUGUAUGAUGCAAUAUUCAUUCAUAUUUUAUGAUACAGAAGAAAUAUCAUAAAUAAUGUAGAUAUUCACAAAAAGCUGAUUUUUGAGUUCUUAACUAAUGUGUGUUUCGAUGUUCAAUAUGUUUAGGGUUAGAUAUACUGUAAAACGUGACUUUUUAGCAAGCAUGUUAUUUUAGCUAAUUUAGCAAAUCCAUAGUUCUCGCUGAUUAAAGAUGUUGGUCAUUUAAAAUACAUUGUAUUCUCACAAUGAGAUUGUUGGGAAUUUAGCUAAAUUAGGAUUUUGUUAAUUGAGUCAAAUCUGCUAAAAUGACAUGUAGCUAUUUCAACGUAUUUAAUUUUUUGUAUUUAAGUGGAUAUCUUGUUAUGCCUGUCUAUUAAGCAAUAUGUUUUACUGUUUGUUUGCGAUGACAUGUUUUUGAAUGGUGACUAUUGUGUCAGAAUAUUUCAUGGUUUGAAAUCAAAGUGAUAUAAGUUUGUUGUAGCAUAAUCUAGAAGUAAUUUUCAACUGGUAAAGGGUUGGAGGAAUCCCAGCAAUAGCCUUAUUUUUUUCCUCACAUACAUUGAGGGCAUGUCUGAAAUAUUGUUUUCUGGUGGCUAUGUGAUAAUUGUUGUAAUAAAAUUGACUAACUGUAUAAAAAAAAAAUUA